CAUGUGGGCAACCCUGCUAAACGAUCCAUCUGGGCGUAGUGUCAAAUAGUCCACUUCACUAUUGAAACGUGUAACCCUGGUUUUCCGGAAUCGAAAACCCUUCGCUUCCCUUUCCCGCCAUAUCUCUCUCAACGCCUAAAACCCUAUCUCCUACAUUAAGCUGACAGGUAACCCUGUGCUACAUCCAUUCCUUAGAUUAGAUGAGUGCGUAGCCAUGGCAACGGUCACUUCCAGAGACGUUCGAGAGAUUGUGGAAAAACUCUCAUCCGAUAAAGCCAAAGCUCGUGAAGAAGGGAUCAAGUUGUUAAACACUUGGUUAGAAGGAGAAAGAUCAUAUAGCUUCUGCAAGUUUAUUGGACUGAAUACUGCAACGCUUAGAUCAGAUGAAGUUCCUCACUCUGAAACGUGGCCUUUUCUUAUUUCUUUACUUAUUCAAUCUGCAUCAUUGGAAAUAUCCUCAAGUAAGCGGAGAAAUCCAAAAAUGAUAUAUGCGAAGACUCUUAGAAUUGUUGUGCAGCGAGCGGAAGAUGCUAAGUGUUCAGGCAAAAUGUUACCUUUGUCAUCUGUGGUUAAACCACUUUUUAAUCAUGCUUGGGAUGUCCUGAGCAAUGUUCCAAGCUUUCAGUCAGAAUAUGGUAUCAUCCUCCGUCAUCUAUUGUCAGUUAGGGAUUAUAGUUUCCAGAUGAGGAAGCGCAUUUACUGCAACUUGGUGUCUCUGUACAUUGAGAAAGUUGAAGCCAGUUUGAAUGAAAAAAAUAUUAGUCAUUGUACUUCCAAGGAGGAGGUCUUCCGCUAUAUCUUGACACUUCAUUCUCUUUUAAAAUAUCCUCCUGGAGACUACCCUGAUAGUGUAAGAGAAGACAUUGUUAAGGGGUUUGUUAGGAUCUGUUCAUUUGUCAGGAUACAGUUAAAUUUAAUGAGAGGUGCUGCUGAUAGGUGUUUAUUGGUAGAACAACUUUUGGAUGUGAUUUGCAAGGAUCUUGAUCAGGGUAGCUUGUCAAGUACUUCAAUACCGCGGGGUGAUGGAAAUAAAGAUGAUAAACUAGGAGCUUUGAGUAGCUCACAGUGUGGAUUGGUGGAACUUGCCGCAGUUCUAUUUUAUAGGGCCUGUGUGACUACUACCAGAGCUUCAUUAGGUGAAAAACGGGUUAAGAGGGAGCCUGCUGCUGUGAUUCUGAGGGAGGCACUCAUGAAAGGCAAAUGGCUAUGGAAUGCUGCCUUUUGUUCCUUCACUCGAAACUACCAUACUCGCAUUUGCAAAGAUCUGUUUCUCUACUGGUUUGAAGGCAUAUGUAUGAGCUUUGACAGAAUCCUGAACUCUGCAAAUGUUGAUCGGAUCUAUGAUGGCUUGUUGUGGACUCUGAGGUAUGUUGCUGUUAUUGACAAUCUGAUCUCUUUAUACAAUUUUAUUGUCUCUGGUGCUAUGCAUCUGGCUUUCUGUGUCUUUUUGCAGUUCAUCAAUAAUUGGCAACUAUUAUGGAGUACUAUUGUGCAUGGGUUACCAAUUUUUAGCAAUAUAAAUGCUCUUGUGGAUGCUGCUUUGGUGCUGCUUAGUAGUAUAACUUCAAAUGAUUUAGUAAAUACAUGUGUUAUACCUCAAGAUGUGUGGGAUCUUCAGUUUUUCAAAAGACCAACUUCAGUACCCAUCUUGUAUUUCUUCUUAUGUUACUUUUCACGGAAAAAUUCCCAUGCUGACCUCCAAGAUAUUUUGCGUCUGAGGAAAAUCCUUUUGAGAGCAACUUUGUGUCAUCUUAGUUUGAAGGGUCAUUCAUUGUUGAAUGAGCAGAUGGUUUUGUUUAUUCCUAGUGCUAUGUAUGCACUUUGUGUAGGUUGUGUUCCUUUUACUCAAUGCUUCAAAGAACAUCCUCUAGUUCCCAACUCUUUUGAUGUCGUUGUCACUCAAGAUGACUCUCAUAAGUUUGAAGACCCUAAACACCGAUGUGUCCUUGAGUUUUUAGAUUGCUCUGUGGAAGUUGUGACAGAAAUUGACAAGAUUUCUAAAGUUGAGGUUUCCCAACUGCAAAUAUGGCCACAUGUUCGGGUUCCCCGGGAAAUAAGUGAUCAGCUUUUGCAUGAAAUGGAAACUUAUAUUCUUGGAGUUUUGGUGGAGGAGGAGAUUAACAAGAGGCAUUUGUCUGAUAUUUUCUUGAUAUGUUCGCUCUUGUCUAACAUUCUUUAUGGUGCUUCUGUCACAAGGCAAAUAAAUGUUUCAUUUUGUUCAAAAUUAAGCCAAUACUUGCAACUAAUGCUUAGCAAUGCUGUAAGAAUCAUUCAAGAAGACAGUGACCUCCGGGCUUUAAGUUGUCUAGGUUAUGAUCCUACUUGUGAUGAUACAGGUUCUCUUGUUUCUUCUGUUCAUUUUUUUCUUUCAUCUCCUAUAUUUAAAGAAUGGAGGGAUAAAAAAUUGGUGGACUUUGUCCCAUUUGGUGAGGUAAUCCAAUUUGUGGAGAGACUCUUGCAAGCUUUUGUUAAUCUCUAUGGAAGCUAUUCUCAGCAUGUGAUGAACCUUCAGUCUGAGACAAUCAAGCAAGAUAUGGAUGCUACUGAUAGUUUUCAAAGUUCUUGUCCAUAUGACAGCAGUAAAAGCAGGAUUAUGGAUAUGGAAUUGGAUAUUAAUGAUGAUUCUAGAGAUAGAGAAGCUGAUAGUUUAUCAGCUGGAAAAAAAGUAGGCAGUGAUUUUUCAUCUGCUGCAGAGAAAUGGAAAAUGGGCAUGAUAUCACUUAUUUCCAGUUUUUUCUCUGCUUCGCAUAUUCUUACGUGGGAUAACUUCUUUAAACUAAUGGAGAAAGAAUAUGAUCCUAAGGUGCGUGGAAAAAUAUUGUAUUAUCUCUGUCAAUAUCCUCAUUGGUCCUCUUCUCAAAAAUUUAUAACUUGUGUUUUGCAGGUCAAUGUAAUGAAUGAUAUCAUUAUUGAGCAAGUUGGACUUAAGCUUGCUUGUUAUAAUGUAUUGAUUUCUACUCAUACUUUAAUAACUAACUUAUCUUCGCUGGAUGCUGGUGGUAAGGACAAAUGUGGCCUGUAUUUAACGGAAGUGGAAACUGAACAGUGCUUUCUGUCACUUGGAAAUGUUGUGCAUAAGCUAUCAGAAGUUGAUCUUGAUUGGUGUGGACGGGUGAAGCUGAUUGAUUGCAUCUGCAAUCUUGUAUUACUCCAUCCUCCAAUUGGUCAGACAAUGAUAGAACGGUUACUUUUGAUGCUUAAAGAUCUGGACUAUAGAGUUCGGUUAUUCCUGGCAAGGAGGAUUGGUGUUCUUUUCCAGACAUGGGAUGGUCAUGAAGAGCUUUUUCAAGACAUUUGUUUGAAUUUUGGGGUUCAGAUGGUGGUUUAUUCCAAAGGAAAGGUCGUUGAGGCAAAGGAAGUGCUAACUGCUGGUCCUCAGUCUCAACCUAUAAUGGAAACGGUUCUAAUCACUCUCAUGCAUCUUGCUCUGCAUAGUGAGAAGAUUGAGUUAGAGGCUGUUUUCAUGAUAUGUGUGGUUUCGGCCAUUGAUCCUUAUCAUAGGGAAUUGGUCUGUGCUGUGCUUGACAAUCUUUCUAGAGAGCUUCAGUAUAUGACUAGAACGAAGUACUUAGAAGAGCUUCUGGGAUCAAUUCUCUUUUGUUGGGUAGUUUGUGGUGUAAGCUUAGUUGCGCUUGUUGAGACAAGGCAUCUUUUUUUACCUGAUGCAGAACCAGAUCAUUUCCUUCAAUAUUGUUGUCCAUGGCUUCUUCCUGCUCUUCUUAUCAAUGAAAACAGUUCUGAUCUCAAUUGGGUUGCGAAGGUUACUUGUCAACCUUUGACAGUUCUUGUAAAAAACCACUUCACAUCGAUAUUUUCAGUUUCUAUGGCUUUGCAUUGCAGUAAGAAACAAGGAUCGGAGAAGGGAACACUUGUGCUUCAGAGUUCCAUUCUGCAUUUUGGUCAGAUAUCUGAGAAUGAACGGGACAAACUCAUUAAGAGACAUAUGGUCUCUAUCGUCAGCUGUGUUUUAUCGUUGUGCUCUAGUUCAUCCAACCCCAUAGUCCCUUUCUUUCCAAGGGAUACAGUGUUUCUUGAAAUUCAAACAAUUGUUGAUGGAUUUCUGGACCAGGAUGAUAACCAUACAAGUGCUGCUGUUGUUGACAAAAUCAACAUUUUUCGCCCAGAUAGAGUUUUCAUGUUUCUGGUAGAAAUUCAUUAUAAAAUUGCAGCAGCAUCUCAUUACAGGCAUAAGUGCCACCGGUUGGCUGGAAUUGAGGUGCUUAUUAGUGUUCUUGGUCAAAGAGCUACUGUUUUAAGCACUUCCAAUUAUCUUUUCAACUUGAUUGGGUCACUGAUUGAAUGUGAUGCAUUACAAGACCAAUGCUGUUGUAUACUUUCUGCAUUGUUUCUACUUUUGAAAAAGAAUCUAUCCACAGAUAUGACCAGUAUGCUUGGGGAACAGCUCCAGUUUCUUGUUUCAAAGUUGGUGACUUGUUGCAUUCCUUCUAAAACCAAAGAAUCAUUUGACAGCACUACAUCACAAGCUUUAUCUCUGCUUCAUAUGUUAACUGUGGAUUCUGACUCAUCUAUGUAUGAUCACAUUAAAGAACUGGAGCCAUUCCCUGUAAUAGAAAUAUUUGAUGAGAUAAGGAAGUUCCAUGAAGAAUUAUGCCACACUUACUCUAUACGUGACCACAUAUUGAAGUUUGUAAAGAAAUCUUGCUACCUUCCGCCUAGGUUGCUUUUAUCAAGUCUCCAGGCAUUGCACAAGAAGUUACUAAAUGUAGAAACCAUUCAAAGAGGGAGAGAAGAAGGUUUUCUUAAAGACAGAUAUUGGCAUGGUGAUCAUGAAAUUGUGCAUGCAGUCUGGACACUUGUUCACUUGUGUGGCUCUGAUGGUGCAAGUGAAGUUCGAGAAUUGGUUUCAGAUUUUGUUUCUAGGGUUGGUGUUGGGGACCCAUACUCUGUCGUUUUCCAUCUUCCAGGCAAGGCUACUCAUAUUCAUCUUGGUAAUUCUAUUGAUAUCAGCAGUGCGAAGGAAAUCUGUUCCAAUUCAGAUGCAUGCAUAUCUGAAGAGCUUUUGGUUGUCGUUUUGAAAUUUCUACUGAAAUAUCUGAUGGACGAUUCUGUGGAAGUUGUUGAUAUGGCAUCACAAACUCUUCGUGGAAUACUUUCAACUGAAAGAGGGCAAAGUGCUUUACAGUCAUUAGAUUCUCAUCAGAGGUCUAUGAUUGAGGUCCAUUCCAAAGGAGUCAAUUUUGAACUUGUGGAAAAUCUUCUUUUGGACCUGGAUAGGAAGUCAAAAGCUGAAGCAAUUUCAUUGGAGAAGUCCACUGUGUGGGCAACAGAUGGUAAAACUUUUGAGAUGUGGAUUUGUCCAUUAGUUUAUUCACUUAUUGUCUACUGCAACGAUGUGAUACUAAGAUUGUGUCAAGAUGUAGUAUUGUUUAAAGCUGAAGUUGCUGAGCUUCUUUUGCCAAGUAUUUUUGUCAAUAUCGCUGCAAGAAAGGAUCUGGAUGUUGAUCUUCACAGAUUAAUGUGUCUGCAGUUAAAGGAGCAUAUCUUUACAGAGUCAAAUAAGUUGAUGAAAUCCAUUCAAGUGGUUUUGAAUUGUCUUAAUGAACUUAGAAUUUGUCAUGUGAUGGAAAGAUCUACAUUUGUGCCAUCAAGGCGUGAAAUAUCCAAGGCAAGAGAAUCUGCAUUUGUUUCAAAUGCCUUGGCAAAGUCACCGUCGUCAUGGGAGAAAGUUUAUUGGCUCUCUGUUGAUUAUCUUCUUGUUGCCAAGUCAGCAGCUAGUUGUGGAUCAUAUUUUACUUCAGUGAUGUAUUUGGAAUAUUGGUGUGAAGAGCAAUUUAAAACUUUGACAGUUGGAGGUCCAGAUUUUUCCCAUGAUGAAACGUUGCCAGAUCAUAUUGAAAUACUUAUUUCAGCCGUCACUAGAAUCAACGAACCAGAUAGCUUAUAUGGAAUUCUUCAGUCUCACAAGCUGACUUCUCAAAUAAUCACGUUUGAGCAUGAGGGAAACUGGGGAAAGGCCCUUGAGUAUUAUGACUUGCAAGUGCAAUCGGGUGUCUCAAUACAGAAGGAUGGUGAUUCAAGAAGUUUGUCAUUGAAACAUGUAGGAGCAGGAAAUCCUUCAUCUUUUGCCUUAGAGGUAGAUGAGACAAGGCAGAGUAGACCUUACAAGGGGUUGAUUAGAUCAUUGCAGCAGAUUGGCUGCACACAUGUGCUUGACAUGUAUUGCCGAGGCUUGACGUCAAGCAAGGACAAGCUUCAACAUGAUUUAGAGUUUUCUGAAUUGCAAUAUGAGUCUGCAUGGCGGGCUGGGAACUGGGAUUUCUCCUUACCAUGUGUAGGCAGUAAUUUUUCUCGAGCCCCAGAUAUCAAAUAUGAUCAUUUCAAUGAAAAUUUGCACAGUUGUUUAAGGGCACUCCAAGAGGGUGAUAUGGGUGAUUUCCAAAAAAAACUGAGAGAUUCGAAGCAGGAGCUUGUGUGGUCUGUUUCUCAUGCAAGUGAAGAGAGCACUGAAUUCAUUUACUUGACUAUUGUCAAACUCCAGAUGCUUUAUCAUCUUGGCAUGGCUUGGGAUUUACGCUGGAGAACUUGUCAGGCAAGUAGCACAAAGUUCUGUCUGCUGAAGCAAAAUGUGUCUAUUGAGCCUGUGGUUUCUUCCAUUGAACAGUUGUCGUGGCUAGAUAUGGACUGGUGCUCAAUUUUGCAACGAACACAGUUGCAUAUGAAUUUGCUGGAACCAUUUAUAGCAUUUCGACGAGUUCUACUUCAAAUUUUAAGUUGUAGAGAUAGUAUGCUGCAAAAUCUUCUGCAAUCUGCCACCACACUUCGUAAGGGAUGUAGGUUCUCUCAAGCAGCUGCUGCUUUGCAUGAGUUUAAACUCCUUUCUGUUGAAACCAAAGGGCAAUGCUCAUCCUUAUAUUGGCUUGGAAGGCUUGAAGAAGCAAAGCUUUUCCGUGCUCAAGGUCAAAAUGUGAUGGCUAUCAACCUUGCAAUGUAUAUAACGCAAAAUUAUCAAUCUAAUGAGGAGGCUUCAGAUGUACAUCGGUUAAUUGGGAAGUGGCUGGCAGAAACCAGAUCUAGCAACUCAAGAACAAUUUUGGAGAAGUAUUUGAAACCUGCAGUCUCUAUUGCUGAGGAUGUGAACGCCCCAGAUAAAAAGUCCAUUGAAAGAAAGUGUCAGACUAAUUUCCAUCUUGCACAUUAUGCUGAUGCUAUAUUUAGGAGCCAUGAAGAAAGACUUAACUCUAAUGAGUGGCAGGCAGCAAUGCGUUUAAGAAAGCAUAAGAGAGUAGAAUUGGAAGCACUCAUAAAAAGGUUAAGGAGUUCAACAAAGGGGGAGAAAACUGACUACACCUCGAAAAUUCACGAACUGCAAAAGCAAGUAGCAAUGGACAAGGAAGAAGCCCAGAAAUUACAGGAUGAUCGGGACAAUUUUCUUAGCUUGGCAUUGGAGGGAUAUAAACGAUGUUUAGUGAUAGGCGACAAGUAUGAUGUGAGAUUGGUGUUUCGAAUUGUUUCCUUGUGGUUCAGCCUUUCUUCACGAAAAGAUGUUGUAAAUAGCAUGCUUAGCACAAUCAAUGAGGUUCAAUCUUUCAAAUUUAUACCUUUAGUAUACCAAAUUGCCUCUAGAAUGGGUAGCUCAAAGGAUGGUCAGGGACAUCUCAAUUUCCAGUAUGCAUUGGUUUCUCUUGUGAAGAAGAUGGCCAUUGAUCACCCAUACCAUACAAUACUUCAACUUCUAGCUCUGGCAAACGGUGACCGUAUCAAGGAUAAACAGCGUAGUAGAAGUUCAUUUGUGGUUGAUAUGGACAAAAAGCUUGCAGCAGAAAACCUUCUAAAUGAGUUGUCAUCAUAUCAUGGAGCUAUUAUACAACAAAUGAAACAAAUGGUGGAGAUUUAUAUCAAACUUGCUGAGAUGGAAACAAAGAGAGAGGAUACCAAUAAAAAGGUGACACUACCGAGGGACUUACGCAAUCUCCCUGUGCUAGAACUUGUACCUGUGGUGACAGCUACCAUUUCAAUUGAUCAUAGUUGUCAGUAUCAUGAAGGCACUUUUCCUUUCUUCAAAGGAUUAGCAGAUUCAGUUAUGAUAAUGAAUGGUAUAAAUGCUCCAAAAGUGGUUGAAUGCUUGGGUUCUGAUGGUCGCAGAUAUCGGCAACUUGCAAAAUCUGGAAAUGAUGACCUAAGACAGGAUGCUGUAAUGGAACAAUUCUUUGGUUUAGUUAACACAUUCCUGAGAAACCGUCAAGAUACAUGCAAAAGAAGGCUAGGAAUACGGACCUAUAAGGUUGUUCCUUUUACUCCAAGUGCCGGUGUUCUUGAAUGGGUUAAUGGAACUGUUCCUCUUGGUGAAUAUCUUAUAGGAAGCAUGAGAAAUGGAGGUGCUCAUGGUCGCUAUGGAAUAGGGGAUUGGUCAUUCCUUAAAUGCCGAGAUCACUUGACAAAUGAAAGGGACAAGCGCAAAGCAUUCCAGGAAGUUUGCAAGAAUUUCAGGCCUGUUAUGCAUUACUUUUUCUUGGAGAGAUUUUUACAGCCGGCUGAGUGGUUUGAAAAAAGACUUGCUUAUACCCGAAGUGUUGCUGCUAGUUCUAUGGUCGGUUAUAUUGUUGGCCUAGGAGAUCGACAUUCAAUGAACAUUUUAAUUGAUCAGGCCACUGCAGAGGUUGUUCAUAUAGAUCUUGGUGUUGCUUUUGAACAAGGCUUAAUGCUCAAGACCCCAGAAAGAGUUCCAUUUAGGCUUACAAGAGACAUAAUUGAUGGAAUGGGUGUAACUGGUGUAGAGGGGGUUUUCCGAAGAUGUUGCGAAGAAACACUCUCUGUUAUGCGGACAAACAAAGAAGCGUUGCUGACAAUUGUGGAAGUUUUUAUCCAUGAUCCUCUUUAUAAGUGGGCUUUAUCUCCACUGAAAGCAUUGCAGCGUCAAAAGGAAAUGGAUGAUGAUUUGGAUACAACUUGGGAGGAACCUCAAAAUGAUUACCAAGGAAAUAAGGAUGCUGCACGUGCACUUCUACGUGUCAAGCAGAAGCUAGAUGGGUAUGAAGAUGGCGAAAUGCGAAGCAUCCAUGGGCAGGUGCAACAACUCAUCCAAGAUGCAAUUGAUCCAGAGCGAUUGUGCCAAAUGUUUCCUGGUUGGGGAGCUUGGUUAUAAUUAGCACCCUUUUUCGUUGUACUUCUCGACACUGAAUGAUCUUGUAUAGGCGCCGUGUAUCUUCUUCAUUGGUCUUUUCUUCCGCGAAUUGUAUGGCUUUAUCACUAAUUUUGAAUUUACUAAUUUUUUGUGGGUGCGUUUUAUGAUCUUAUCGAUCUUUGUGAGGACGGAAUUUGGUUAGAGAGGGAAGUUGUUAUGGGAAUGAAUAAUCAGAAGUCUUAGAGAUGGGAAGAGUGUUUGAAAGUGAAUGUGAGGUAGCGGGAUUUGAAUUUGACGUAGCAUAAGCCUUAAUGGUGCGGCUUCUGGGUUGGAUUCGGGGGAACAAUGAAUUAUGUAAGCCCGUAAACAACAAUGAAGCAAAAAAUUACUCGUUUUCAAU